UUUUAAAUCGCAAAAGUGUCAUUCGAUAUUUUGUUUUUUAAAUGUUUACUUUUAAUUCUUUCAAAGACGAAUAUUCUUUAGAACAGGUAUAAACGACAUGCUAUGAUUGGUUAAAAAAGGAGAAUAAUGACUUGCUGUGGAGAAACUUAAAUCAGUCUUUUAACUCUGUAACUUGGUGAAUAAAAUAAACUGAAAUGGAAUCCCAAUGGAUGAUGAAGAAAAAUCUACAAAUACAGAGAGGCAUAGAAGAUCUGUGGAUUAAAAGUUGCGCGAUAUUACCGAAUGGAAAGUUGAUCUUCGUUGACCAGGGUAACAACAGAUUAAUAUUGCACCACCAAACUGGUUCCUUUGACAAAGAAGUCAAGUUACAGUAUACGCCGUUCGAUAUAACCGUCAUCAAACCGGAAAUGUAUGCUGUUACAUUCGGAAAGUACCGAACCCUUCAGAUUUUUGACACUACCGAGCAUACGCUUUGCCAUGACAUUAAAUUUGGGAAAAGCUGUUGGGGUGUCUCGUACUCGGAUGGAAAGUUAUAUGUUGUCGUUUUUCAGAAAGGAAUUGAAGUUCUGAAUCUGUUUGGUAUGAGGAUUAGAACUAUCGAAGUGGACGUUCUUAUUGAAAAGGGCUGCUACUGCACCGUCGACAAAGAUCGAAUAUACUAUACAGGCAACUUUUGGGGCGUGGUCAAUUGUUGUGAUUUAGAAGGUCGCCCGAAUUGGCAAUUUAAUGACGAUAUUUUAGCAUCACCCUGUACCAUUUCUGUUUUGACUAGUGGAGAUAUUUUUGUCGUCGGCUACGAAUCUCACAAUGUCGUCUCCAUCAGUCGCGAUGGAAAAAGAAGAAAGGUAAUUCUCCGACAAAGUGAUGGUUUAAACUAUCCGGAGGCCAUUUACUAUGAUGUAGCUAGGAAAUGUUUGUUGGUUGCGAAUUCCUGGGGAGGAACUGCCAUUUUGUAUAACAUAGUAUGAUAGUUUUUAAAAACUUUCAUGAUUGCCAUGAUUGUCCAACU